GGCGUCAGUCGCAUAGGUAUAGUUGUGGCCGACGGACGAAUCGACGGCGCGCGCCCAUUGCAAUCACGCUUUCUCGAACGCAUUUACGAUUUAACGAUAUAAAUGAUAUAAUUUUUGUGAGACGAAGAAAGUGAACAUUAAACUGAUGUGUUAAACGAUCGCUGUUAUCAUGUCCGGCUGAGAAUUUCGUUUCAUUUGUGUCGAAAAUUAAAAUCUGUCCAAAUGAAGAUGACUGUAAAUCGCAUAAGGGUAGUUGUUCUUGGGAGUCCUAGAAGCGGAAAAUCAGCAGUGGUAGUGCGCUAUCUAACAAAACGCUAUAUCGGAGAAUACAGCUCAACAGGAGAUUUCCUGUAUCAACACCGUGUUGCCUUUGAUGGCGCUGUUUCGGAGGUUGAGAUACUGGACACGUCUAAUUGCGCGAUUCGUGGUUGUCUAGGAGAGCACAUACGUUGGGGGGAUGCCUUCGCCGUCGUUUACUCUGUCUGUGAGCGACGAUCGUUCCUUGCGGCAGCAGAGAUACUAUCGUUGUUAGAAAGGACCCGCCUGCCCAGCUGUGCUGCUGUCACACUAUUGGGCAACAAACGUGACCUCGAACACGCCAGGGAGGUCCAUGCGGAUGAGGGUCAAGAGCUGUCGUUGCGUUUCGGAUGCCAGUUCUACGAGGUGUCUGCGGCGGAGUCGUGUGCUGGCGCCGCCCUCGCCUUCCACGCUCUGCUGAGAGAGGCGCGAGCGUUGGCUCUCUUACUGCCAGCGCCCAGGCGGAAACUGGCUGCCUACUCCGUCUCUAAGGUAAUCGGAACGAUAUUCGGAAAGAACAGUAAAAGCGUACGAAAGAAACGACCAUCGCUUAGCAUUUAAUACAUUAAUUUAUUAUAUACAAUGCAUUUAUAGACUGCGUUUAGAUUAAUUAUGAUGCCAAUAUGUAAAUAAAAUGACAUGAAUUGUUACAAUAUGUAAUCGUUGAAUACCUUGUAUCGAAAACAGUGGCGUGUAUGCCUGAUCUCUUUAAUCCCCUAAAACUAUGUUAGUUGUAAUGUGACGUAUGUAAACUCGUCAGUAAUGCCACCCCGAGAUAUUGUAAAUAUAAUAAUAAAUAAAUGUAUAUAUUAAUGAAAGUAAGCCUCGCAUUGACAUUGUUAAGUUUUAAUUAGGUGUAAAUAAACUACGAAUUAGUAUACACAUAUACAUACAUAUAAUAUUUUUUAUUUCGACUAUAAUAAAACAUUUUAUGGCUAU